UAACAUAUCGAAAUCAUCUUUAUUUAUUUUUCCUGAAUUUAGUUUUCAAAAUUUGUAGUAGUAUUGUUUUUAAGUGAUUUUUCGGCGAACCCGUGCAAAAAUGUAUACCAUGCGAACUAUUGCGGUUUUAAAACUAAGCAAAGGUCUAAUGAGCUCUCGCCUUCUGGCUGGUUCCUCAAAUAAAGGCGAUUCAAAGAAGGAAUCUUGUAAAAGCGAAGAAACCAAAAAAAAAGAGAAGGCAAAGAAGGACUUUUGUGGAAAAGUCAUACAACCUACCGCGCCCCGCUGUAACAAAAAGUCCGGCGAUAAAGAUAAACCAUCCGAAGAUAAGUGUAAGAAAAAUUGAGAGGGUUUUCUGAGUUUAUGGCAACCACUAAAG